GUUUGGGCACUUGACUUAACUGGCAAGAAAGAAGAACAUAUCGGCUUCGGAUAUCAAUUGCUCGAUGAUAAGUGACGAAAUGCCUUCUACAAAACUAAUUUACCUUAACAGAUACGGGAUAUGAAAUCUCUGUAGCCAUCAAGAGAAGAAAAGACUUCAAGAGAAAAGAGCCCUCGGAAACAUCGUUAUCUAUGGAAGACCAACCGAGUUAAUACGAGAAGAUUACAUUCAUAAUGGCGCAAGCAAGUGACGUGGGCCUAAUAAUCGGAUCCGUCUGCGGAGGAUUUGUAUUACUUGGAUUAGUCUUCUUGUUAUUUCGUAUAUACAACAGUCGUUGUAGAAGUCAGUCAAAAUACGAACGAAUUGGCCCGCGUUUAGUACCCCCGGCUGUACAGAUCGAAAGUCGAAGCCUAGCUACACCUUCUAUCAAUCUAAAAGCAGUGCCGUUUAUGGUACCAUUAUCCGCCCCACGUGAACGAUGUCCACCAACAGCCGUGUCACCCGGCUUUAGUCAACCUUCUAAAGACCUUUCUCCAGAGAACGCCGCUGCAUUUUCUCGUGAGCGUCGGUUGUCAGUUCCGGGCCCCGAAAGACGUAAUUCAACAGAUCGUCGCUCAUCGUUCACGGAAAGACGGCCGUCGUAUACAGAACAGCGCCUCCCAUUCAGUGAUGAUCUGGACUCUAGAAGAAGUAGUACCAAUUCAAUAAUAAGUGGAUGUAGUGAUACAACAGAUGGUAGUUCACCGCCUUUGCACUCACCAGCACGUCGCUUGUCUUACGUCGCCGGUGAUGUCACCUCCCCUCUCGGAGCAUACGUCGGUGAAAUAAAUCCGGAAUUAUAUAAGUUAGAAACCGAAGAGGAUGAAUCGAACUUCCCUGAUAAUCAUAUUGGCCGGAUCUGGUUUGCAGUAGAAUAUGAACUUGAGGCCGAGCGCCUCGUAGUCUCUCUUAUUAAAGCCAAGAAUUUACCCAGUAGAGUUCACGGAAGCUCCAACCAGUGUGACCCUCUAGUUAAGAUUUUCCUUUUGCCGGAAGAAAGACGCCAUCUACAGUCGAAAGUGAAAAGGAAAACAACAAACCCUAAAUUCGAUGAAAGUUUUGUAUUUCAGGUAACAUACAAGGCAUUGCAGCAGAGAACCCUACGACUUUCAGUGUUUGAUGUAGAUAGGUCGAAGCGGCAUAGACUCAUUGGCCAUGCGCUGUACGCACUUAGGGAGCUUGCCUGUGAAGCACAUCAGAAAAUUGUAAUGUGGUUAGAUUUAGAAAAAGAGGUAUCAGAGGGAACUCCAGAAUUAGGCGAGCUCCAAUUUUCACUGAAUUAUAAUAAUUCCUUGGAGAGGUUGACGGUCGUAGUUAUAGAGGCUAAAGGUCUUAAACCCCCGGAAGACUUCCAAGUAGUCGACGCAUCAGUAAAGGUUAGCCUGAUGAACGCCGCCCGCAAGGUGAUAAAAACGAAGAAAACAGAGGUAGUGAGAAAAACGAAUUCACCAACAUUCAACGAAUCGUUCAACUUCAAAGUGGCACCAGAUAGUCUAGAUGUUGUCAGUAUAUGUUUAACUGUUGUUCAAAACGCGCCAAAAAUGAAAGGUGACAAGACCAUUGGCAGGGUUGUGGUUGGAAGUUUUAUGAUGGCUAGAGGGCGUGAGAUGGAGCAUUGGAACGAGAUGACCAGUCAGCAGAAGCAGACUAUUAUCAAGUGGCAUGUUUUGAGUUAAACGUGUGAACUAAACCUUUAGAACCAAAGUUAUAUAGUUGUAGCAAUUGUUUUCGUGUAACUGUUGUCGCAUUUCCGUCAUCGUGUUCGAGGUUACAAACAAAUAGGGCAUUUUUACCAUAUGCGUCGUGCGUUUGUUUUGGCUAAAUUCUUUUUAAAUACAUCUCGUGAACAUGCAUAUUUUUUUAUAAACGGAGACCGAUUGAAAAUCGUUAAGCGAAGAAAGAAUAAAACGCGUGGAAAUUGGAUUUUUAAAGGGGAAUAUUUUAAAAAUUCACUGUGCAACGCUGAUUGGAACAAAUGACAACUCGAUAUUUUGCAACGUAAUUACAAUCUGCAAUCUAAGAACUUGUCAGCAAGAUUAUUUGAACUUUAUUGAAGUGGUACAAAAACAGAAAUUACAAACAUUACAUUGCUAACCUUUGACAUAAUAUUCAUGUGAUAAUGGUAAGCCAACAAUCAUAAAAAAAAAGUCCAAGCAGUUAUCAAGAACCGUACUGAGAUUACAGAAUCCCAGACUCGGAUGUGAUAUGUGAUGAAACGUAUCCAUUAUUUUAUGUUUUAAUUGGCAUUUUAACGACUGUCUUCAUUGUAUUUAUAUAUAAGGUACAUUGAAAGGUAUACAGUACAAUAUUGCACACUGUCAACGACUUAAAACAACUUCACUCCCUAAGCCUCAUUAAAAGGCUUGGUUUAUAGAGCAUCGUUCUAUCCUGUAAGUGGCUAGUGUACUUGAUUUUGGAUGUGUAAGGAAAUGAAAAUAUAAAAAUAAAUAUAAAUAAGUUGUACCUGAAACGGGAACAAAAUAAUAUGGACCCUCAUCAUCCAUCCAAUUAAUAUUAUAUAUUUACACACAGAUAUUGUGCUGACGGAAGUGAUAAAAGUACGAGAUUAAUUCGGUGAUUAACGUAAACUCAACAUUUAUUGUCUGAAGUGUUAAUGUUUAGAUUGAAGUAGAUCUACAGAAAAAGCUCGAAGAGGCCUAAGAAUAGCUCAAAUAAUCACAAUAAGAUGGUAAUUACAACCAUCGUCAUGAUUCAAGAAUGGUAUAAUAUCAGUGCUAGAGCUGCAAUAUCUCCGACGGGGGAAGAUGCUCUAGAAGGAAGCGUAAAUGUGCUGAGUCGAGGGAUCGCCCAAACUCAUCGGAGGGUGUUCAAGGGGCGAUCCUCCCAUCCCAGAAGCUUAGACAAUUUAGUGAUUUGGAAGGCUUAUUUAUACGAUUUUGGAAGUCUGUAUUUUAUCUCCCAAAUAAAUUGUGUUGAGCUCCCCGACAAAGUGGGGCCCCUCCCACUUGCGGCACGAUGCAUGAUAUCAGCUCUGGUUGUAUGACCACCACCACAACCACAUAGCUGAAAUGAACUGUGGAAUGUCUCGUUCUGUGGAUACGAGAUUAUUGGUUACAACAUUCAUGAUAUAUUAUUUUAAAAAAAUGAUGGUCAAAUCAUGGUACUAAAAUACGAUUAACAAUUCAUCAUAUAUACUUUAUCAGACAUCAAAUGUUAUUUGUCUCAAUAAUAAUCUGUUAACAAAAUAUAUUGUUCAGUACAAAAAUUGAUAAAAAUAAAAAUUCUAGUGUAGAUUUUGUUUAAUCAAAAUCGUGUCAACAUGCAUUUACAUUACCGUUGAGUCGUUAUGGUUUUUAAAUAAUGAGAGGUUGUAGCAAUGUGUAAUCCAUCCUUACCACAUAACAUGUAUAUUUUUUUUUAUAUAUAUAUAUAUUUCACCCUAUGUAGGGCCAACCACAUAUUUUAAUAAACUGUGGAUUUUAUUGGUAAUAUAGACACAAAGUGAAAUUUUAUCUGAAUUGGUGUAAAAUAGUUAGAAUAAAGUUAAUCAUCUUUUGUAUGAAUAUAUCGCAGGAAGCUGCAAGCUGGCUUGCAUUGCGUACGCUGAAGCUUUUCCGCAGUUAAGGUUUGUCCAGACUAUCAAAUUAUCUGCUGUAUGCUCAUAUAUGGUCAUGAUGUGCCUAUAUAUGGUCAUGAUGUGAUGUCAUCAUGACCGUAUUUAGGCAUGUCAUGUUUUUUUUUCAAAUAAAAUUUGAUAGUUUGGACAGGGCUUUAGAGUUUAUUUUCUCAUAAUAAAUUAAAUUAUAAAUUAAAAAUAAAAUAAAAAAUUAAAAUUAAAUUAUAAAGUAUUAACUCUGACCAAUUAUAAAGUAUACCUUCCCUCAAUGCUCUCAUAUUAGUUAUAGUGUCCGUGCGGAUAGGCCUAGAAAACAAACUAGUUCAACCAAAGUAACGUUUAAUGAUACAUAUAUAAUAUAUUUUCAAUGUAAGAUGGACAAAUUAUAUUACUGUGUAUCAGUAAUUGUACAGUAUCGAUAUAACGGUUUAAUAUCAUAUGGGGUAUUUGGAUUUAGUGUUUCCCUUGUAUCUUAUGUAGGCCUAUAUAUUAUUUUAAUAACGUGAAUUCUGCCGAAUCGUUGGCAAGUCAUUAUAUUACUUUUCCAAAUGUCAUUAAUAAAACGUGUUUGUUUACUUAUUCAAUAAUGUGCAUAACAAAGUCAUGUGUAAGCUCAAUUCUUCGCUAAUAUUAUUAUUAUUAUUAUCAAUAUUAUUAUAAUUAUUAUUAUUAUUAUCUUGUUACAUGCUACAGUAAAACGCAUUCAGCACUUUAAGUGUUGUUGGUAUUUAUGUAAUCACUUACAAACCUGUUUACCCAAUUUGCUGCUUUGACCUACAUCAACGCAAUCCAUUAGAUUUUAGAACCCAUGUAUUCGUCUUCCUGAUUGUUGUUUUAAGUUUUGUUUUGUAAAUUUAUAAUCAAGGUAAAAUAGAAGAUUUCUCCGAAUCUUUAUAAAAAUUAUAGGCCUACCAGUGACGUACCUAGGAGUGUGAAGGGGGGGGGGGAGAAGCACGCUUCUCCAAAAAUUACUUCCCCCAGUCGCCCCAUAAAUACGCCACUGAGGCCUACUAGUGAAUUGAGGUGGAUAUGUUUACGAUCUAUAAUAAUAAUUAAGAUUUACAAAGCGGACAUAUCCACUGCAAUAGCGCUGAAGGCGCUAAGCUUUAAACUUAUAAGUAAAAGAUAAACCUUACUGUAGUUGUUAAUUAGGCCUAUUUACAGUACAAUCGAGUUGAUAAAUAGGUUUACACGUUUAUGAAAUAUUUGAGGCAUUUUAUCGGUAAUGUAUUUUGAUUUAUAUCUAUUUUAUGUUGGUGUUUGUAUGAUGUUAAACAUUCUUUCCAACUGAAAUCCGGAAUUAGAACCAGACUCAAAUAUGGCUGUGAAAACUAGUAUGAUAAUUUCAUACUCUACGAACAUAUACAAUUAUGAUGUUCAGGUUUUUGGUGAAAGAAUAUGGCUUUCUUCUGAAUUCGAACGAACAUGUUUAUGUCUGAUGUCAAAAUGUUCUGUAUUUACCACACAAGAAGGGCAUUUCUAAUCUAUUCGAACCCUUUGUAAAAUAUAUAUAAACGAACGUGUAAUUCAUAGUGUGGUUAAAUUGUUAAUAAUUAGUUGGUUUUUUUUAAUUUUUAUUGAUUUUGGUGUUCAAAUGAAUAUUUUGUGAUUAUGGUUAUUUUUUAUGUACUGUACUUAUGUAUGGUUUAUUCGUGUUACGUUUCAAAGGAAAACAUCGAAAAAAUACACUACAAAAUAAUUGUGAAUGUAGUAAUAUGUUUUGAUGUUGACACCGUAAAAUCCAACUGAUUUAUUUCACAAACGAUUGUAAACCUAAUUUCGAAGAAUUUGUGCCGGCAACUGUUUGGAAAUGUUUGACAUUAAAAACGAACAACACUUGAAGUCGUUGCACGAUUUUAGCAUAAAAGUGUACAUAGAGUCAAUGUGCUCCUUAUUUUGAGGUAAAUAUGGAAUAUUUGAGGUUCUCAAUUUAUGUAGGAUGUAAAAUAUAAUAUCAACGAAAAUAUUUGCGUUUAUACAUUGUUAUCGUGUGAACGUGUGUCCCUCCCCGGGAUGAUUUCACCAAAACACUGCAAUAAAUUUAACGAGGAGCUACGUCGUUGGCAGAAUCUCGAUGAUUUAUGAGAAGAUGAUUCAUAUAUUAGAUUUGCUUUCAUUCUCGCAGAAUUCUUGUUGUCUGCAGAUGGGAACGUAAGAUCUUAUAGCUGUAUCAUAUAACCGGUUUUUAUGUGACGUAGAAGCAUUCAUAUGUUUAUCUAUAUCAUUAUGUGCUGAUGAAAAAAAAUAAAGAUUAAAUACUCCAUUCUACAA